AUGGCGGAGGAUGACCGCAGCCUUGAGGUCAGGGCGGUUGCCGCCGCCUUUAUGUCGGUGGCUUGCGUGACUGUGAUACUUCGAAUCUAUGUGCGCGGAUGGAUCGUUCGUGCCUUUGGCUGGGAUGACUGGGCCAUGGUGUUUGCAAUGGCCUUCUACGCCAUGUUCUCCGGCUGCAUGAUCGGAGGCAGCUUAUACGGGACCGGACGACGCUUCGGCGACUUGACAGCUCAUCAGCGCGUCACUGCCAUGAAGUACUGGUGGCUAUGCGAAAUUGCCUACUGCUUCGCAGCCGUGUGCUGCAAGAUCUCCAUCUGCAUCUUCCUGAUGCGCAUCACCGUGCGCCGCAUGCAUAUUAUCAUUCUCUGGAGCGUGAUGGGCAUGACCGUCCUUGCGGGCAUCGUCUUCAUGUUCAUCAUGUUGCUGCAAUGCAGGCCGCUGCAGUAUUUCUGGACCCGAAAGGCUUUCAACCCCGACAUCCACGGCUCCUGCAUGGACAUCCAGAUCGUCAUCGCCAUGACCUACGUGUAUAGCGGAUUUGCUGCGCUGUGCGACUUUACCGUGGGCAUUCUGCCAAUCUUCCUCGUCAGGAAGUUACAUAUGAAGCAGCAGACGAAGAUGGCGGUCGUGGGUAUUCUGAGUAUGGCUUGCAUCGCCUCCUCAGCAACUAUCAUCCGCGUUCCAUGGGUGCAUACUUUCGCUGACCCGGACUUUCUCUGUAUGCCCUCCUCCCUCCCCUCCCUCCCAAUUCCCCCAACUAAUCCACCUGCAGACGCCACCGUCGAAAUCGCCAUCUGGUCCAACAUCGAAGCCGGCCUCGGCAUAACAGCCGGCAGUCUGGCGACUCUCCGCCCGCUGGUCCGCAAAUGGCUCGGCUCGCGCUCCGACCCCAACUACACGCGCUCCCCCUUCCCAGCCCCCUCGGGGUCCCGCCGUCUCGGCGGAAACCACAAAAGCGGCCUCAGCCGCGACAGACCCUUCCCGCUCGGCUCGCUCGACACAACUGGUGUGCAGGACCGUCUUCGCCCCGAUAAAUUGGCUGUCACGGUCACGACGAUUCAGAGUCAGGUGGAGCCUGAGAGGCCGUGGAGGGGGCAUGUGGGCGGUGGGAGUGGGGGUGGGAUUACCGCCACGUCGAAUAGUAGUGAGGAGAGGCUGACGGGGUCGGCGGGGAAUGGGAAUGGGAAUGGGAUGAUGGGGGGUGAUUUGGAGUUGGGCAUGGGCAUGGGCAUGGGGAUUCAUCGCACGUUUGAAGUGACACAGACGUCAUCUUCGGGACGGGGGUCGGUGAAUGCUGCCGAACAUGUCUGAAACUUGACUCGACCGAGACCCGAAGCCGAAACCGAAACCGAGACUCGACUUUGAAUUUCCGGUCUGGCCUGUCAGUCUAUUCUGUCAGCGUGAUGAGCAUUCGAAUUUGCAUGGGUAUAUAUCAUUUCUUUCUUUUGUUUAGGACU